AAGAAGCUUCCUCAAAAGCAAACCCCACCUUCCCUCCACUAUAUAUAUAUGCCUAUAUAUUCGCAGCUUCUCUUCACCAACAAAACAAAUCCAAACACACAUAAAACUAUCUUUUCAAAAUUAUGGGUCUUGCUUCUCAAUCUCCCUCCUCUUUUAGCUUUGAGAUAGAAGUAUUACAAGCUAAAAACUUAGAAUUGAAGUCCCAUGGUCACCUUUUUGUUAGAUACUAUCUCUCUUCUGGAAACAACAAAAGAAUCAAAUUACAAACCAAUGAAAUCUCCUCCAAAUCCAAUCUUUUCUGGAAUGAGUCUUUCUCAUUAGAGUGUUUAGGCACUGAAGAUUCCAUUAACAGCUUAAAGAAAGAAAGUGUUGUUUUCGAGCUACGGUGGAGAAAUACUACUAACUCAUUUCUCGGUAAAAUUAAUGGAGGGUCAAAACUUCUGGGUAGAGCUCAAAUUCCAAUGGACACGAUUUUUGAAUCGCCAAAAAUGGAAAUGGAAAAGUGGGUUAUGAUGCUCUCAGAGAAUAAGAGUUGUGCAGUUCUUGAUGAUGAUGUUAAGCCACCUUCAGUCAAAAUAGCAAUGAGAGUUAGAGGUGCAGAAAUGGUGAUAAAAGAGCAGAAGAAGAAGAAGAAGAAGAAGAGAAAUGGGAGGUUAAGCGAUGGGUGCGGGUGCUGUAAAGACAGUGGGUGCAAGUGUCAAGACUAUGAGAUUUUUGCCUUAGUAGGAGCUUUUGAAGCACUAUAAGCAAAGAGGAUUGGACAAUUGGCAAAACAUUUCUUCUUUUUUUUUUCUUUUUAAUUUAAUUGGGUAAUGUAGAAAUUUUCUAUACAUGUAGUAACACUAAGUAAAACAUUUUAAGGGUAGCCAUUCAGUAUUUUUUUUUCAAAAAAAAUUUUCCCAAGAUUGUAUAUUUACACUGCAUAAAUUUCUUGUCUGUCAUUUUAUAUGCUCAGUUUCUGGAACAAAAAAAUAAUUUAAUCUCUUUCCAUUUGAUACUA